GCACUCAUGGUGAUUGCUUUGCUUCUUAGGGUUUGCGCUCGGGCUUUCUCGUUCCUAAGAACCGCCCUCUUCUCUAGAUCAUUUUGCAUCUGUGGAUUCGAUUUCUCACGCCGUUUGAUCGAGCGUAAAUGGAGUCAUCCGGGAUUGGUCCGGUCCGGGGCAUGGAAUCGGUCGUGGCUACGGUCAGUGGGUACCAUGGUUCGGAGCGCUUCGAUCUUAUUAAGCUGAUUUCUUCGACCGGAGCUAGCUACGUCGGGGCCAUGUCGAGCUCGACCACGCAUUUGGUUUGCAGAAGAUUUGAAGGGCAAAAAUAUGGUCUUGCCAGGAAGUUUAGGACGCGUGUAGUCAAUCAUCGGUGGGUGGAAGAGUGCAUAAAGCAAGGAAAGCGUGUUCCGGAACAUCCCUACACAUUGGAAAGUGGGGAAGAAGCGGGACCAUUGUUGUCACCAGUCCCAGUAAAUUCUAAGCCAUACAUCACGGCAAAGAAGCAUAAAGUGCUUUUUGAUCGGUUGAACUUUGCCAGUGCAUCAAUGAGACAAAUAGCUGAUUCAGCUUUUGAAGAUAACAGAACUGAUGUUUGGACUGACUCUCAUUUGUUGAAGGAGUGUCCAGAGUUGAAUCGGUCAUCUAAAAGGUCGUUGAGAGGAAAAAGAAUCAUUACUCUGCAUGAAGAGUCACAUCUUAGUCCAUCAAUAUGUCUUGGGAGAAGAGAAAUGAAGUCAUUCAGUGGCAAUGGAGAUUCUUCUUCGGCUGAAUCUGCUAAAAGGGGCAGAACUUUGGUGAAAAGGAAUGCUAAAAGAGAGACUUUGCAGUUAACUGCGUCAGAUUCUGACCAGGAAUGCUAUGUAAUUGGAGUUGAUGACAAACACAGGGACAUAACAUCUCCAUCUGAACAUUUGAAUGGUAAGUUUGUCAGUACCAGAAAAGGAGGGACACGAAGUGGAUCAUAUGGGCAUGAGGGAGCAAUAAAUGGCAUUAUUGAAGAUUUUGAUGAGAUUCAAGAUUGGAAUCACGAUCACCGGCCUUCUCCCAAGGAAUCAAUUCUAAAGGAUUUACCGGAUGCCCUUGAAAGAGUUUCUAAAGAUGAACAGAAUGGAGAGAAGUUAAGUAUUGAGAUCGAUGAUGUGGGCCAGACUGAUUAUGUUAACAAGUUACCGUCAUCAGCAGAGUUAUCGUGUGUUAUAUGUUGGACGGAGUACAGUUCAACCAGAGGGAUACUACCAUGUGGACAUAGAUUUUGUUAUUCAUGCAUUCGGAACUGGUCUGACCAUAUGUCUUCAAGGAGAAAGACUUCAACUUGUCCCCUGUGUAAGACGAGUUUUGUUAGCAUCACAAAGGUGGAAGAUUCUUCUGGUUCAGAGCAAAAAAUAUACUCCCAGACCAUUCCACAUGACCAAUCAACUAGCGAAGUCUAUGUUGUGACUGAUCAAGAAAGAACGAGUUCUAGAGCCGAGUCAUUUGGAGCGCAAGUUUGUAGCGAAUGUCGCUCUUGUGAACCAGAGGAUCUCCUCAUCAGUUGCCACCUGUGUCAUACCCGUUGCAUUCAUUCCUACUGCUUGGAUCCCCCUUUGCUACCGUGGACAUGCGUUCACUGCAAGGAUCUCCAGAUGCUUUUCCAUCUUCCCCGCUAGCAUGUAUUUCUCAUUUUUCAUGCAUUGUCAAACUCAAUUGUUGAAUGACUCUUCUUGAUAGUUAUCUGAUAACCACAAGCCAAUUCGCUUGUGCCAACUUUCAAUUGAAGUACCUUCCUUGGGAUGACUAGUUUGUAAUUUGUGCUAGUUCUGUUGUGAGAGCUGCUCUCACUGAUCAUCUCAAUACCAUGAAUAAAGUUUUGUGCAAUUUGACAGUUUGCUA